UUCUUGUCUUGAUUUUUGUUGGAUUUGCUCCUCUUCUUGUCAAAGGAAUGCGAAGGGCUCCUAGUAAAUUUAAUGUUUUUUUAUUCCCUAAUUUUAAAUGUAGGGGUGAUGCAAACUGGUCAACCCCAACAAGUUCAUGCCAAUCCUCCCACGUUUUCUCUCACUGAGUUGUCCUUUCUGAUGAAAAUUUUGGAUUCAACUGAAACUAAUAGAGCUGGAAAUGCUUUCAAUGUUUAUGAUAUACAAAUCAAUGGUGUGCCAAUAACUUUAAAAAUCUUACUAGCUCUCGAAGGAGCAUUAGCUCUAGAUAGGGCUAGAUUGCCUCGAAAUGAUCCAAUCGGCGAGCAUGGUCUUCUAGAUAAAAUACAACAGGUAUAUACCUUAAAGCUACCCAAAUUUAAGUAG